AUGGCGUCAAAUUUUCAGCUUUGGAAGCUUCUAAAAAUUAAUUAAACUCCCUUAAGUGAGGGGUUAACUUUUUAAAAACAAAUCCCUAAAAUUAAUUUUAUUUAUAAAUUUUAAAUUUUAGAAAAUAAAUUGUCUAUAACUUAUAUUUUAAAUAUUUUUCAUAAGAAAUUGAGCUCGUUCAUUUUUUUUUCUCAAAAAAUAGGGAUUUUUCCAAUGGUUUUGAUCUAUCAUGAGAGAAUAAGAUUAAACCUAGGCGUUUAUUUCAACCAUUUUAGGUUUGCCAGACUCAGUCUGCAGAGGCUAGUCCGCUUCAAUGGGAAUAGACUGGAAUGAUGACUGCCUCAAUUCAGAAAAUUCGAAAAAUCGAAUUUCUGGCUGAUUAAUGAUAAAGACGAAACUCAAUGACAUGGGCUCAACGCCCUUAUCGCCUCAGAAAUCGUUCUAUCGGCUUAGCGAGAGUCUAAGUAGCACUUGGUCCUUUUUCAUAUGAAAUCAAUUAAUCUGGAUUAAUAUUUGGCUAGUCAGUCAUUGCUUCUCGCCUAAUCUGUCCUUAUCAAUAUCAAGUGCCUAUUUUCUUCUUCAAGAUUUCGGCUGCUCACAUAGACUCAUGCUACAGAAUUUAAUAGAAAUAAUUUAUCAUGCCAUUUUUAAUGAAUCUACUUUGAAAGUCAAACUCCUACCCUUCUCACUCAAUAAAAGGCUUUCAAUCAAUGCCUAUUUUCCGCAAAUUUACUGAGGCUAAACAACAUUAUGAGCAUUCACCUUCAAUCCAAGUCGUGUUUUCAACAUUGAGAAAUUGCGACAUGUACCAAUGGUUUGAUUUUACCUCUCAGACAGGUGAAAAAUUCGGUAUAUUUUUCUGCAAAAAUAGAUUUUUAUUAAAUUUUUUUAUAAAUUAAUAGUGAUGAUGCGCUAAUUUCUGGAAAAAAACAUAGGCUACCAAAAUUCAGCCAUGACAAAGACUCAGAUACUUAUUUCUACGAGAAUUGGCAUUAUAAAGACGACUCUUAUGUCGUUUCAAAAACUUGGCUUAAAGAAACCUAUGAAUGGGGAAUUGUUGUUAUCUACUCAAACGACCAAGAGCAUCAUACCCAUUGGGACAUCAGCACAGAAAAGCAUAAAGAAGUCGUAAAGCCACGUACAAGGCUGGCAGAACCAAAAUUUACUUCUACUGGUAUCGAAGAUUUUUCUGAGAAAUUCUGGGGAAAAGAAAAAAUCGCCGACUCCGAAUCAGAAACGGAUUUCCAUAGAAAAAGCCCAGACAUAGGCCAGGUACCUAUUCACCAGCUAGAAAUUGAAAAAGCUAAGCUGCUAAACUUGCUUAAUGACCUGUAUAAGCAGCAAAAAGCAUUAAUUGAGUCUUCUACCAAUACUAUAAAAUCAAUAAGGGCGCUAUCAAGCAGUCUUUUGCAAGAAGCCAAUAAGCUAACCAGUGAUUUAAAUAGCCUUAUUGACCCAGAUUUUGACCAGCCGAUUUCUCUCACUUCAAAAAUAACAGAACUUGUUUCUUUAGGAAACGUUUUUGAAGACAUCAAAAAAAGGGCAUAUAAAGAAAUCUCAGAAUCCGAAACUAUAGAAGAAAUCAGGUCGGGCUCGCCCUCUCAAGGGUCAAUUCCUACAAUUUCCAAAAUUUCUGGGAUUACCAGACAGCCGACCAAGAAAAGUGUCAGGGCAAAGACCAAAAUUUUGGACGGUUCCAGCAAUGAUGUCGACCCAAUUGAUUUAUUGCGAGCUUUUAAGCAGAGAAAAGAAAAUGAUAUAGAAAGGCUGCUGUUUUUAGCAGAAUUAGCAGGAGAUGACCACGUUAACGACUCAAAAAUGAUCAUUGAGUCAGCCUGGGACGAUCUCCCAGAGACUACAAAAAACCUUGAUACCAUUUUUAAACAGUUAAUCUCUUAUUUAUCAGAAAACCAAGUAAGCGCCAAAAUCCAUGAGCUGAUAGAGAUUAUUUCUAAUAAAUCCCGCCACCACCAAGAUGACGAUUUGUCAAGCUAUGCAGUCAGGAUUAUAUUAAGACUGCAAAAAGCUGUAGAAAUUUUGACAGAAAUGAAAUGGCAUAAUGCAGAUAAACAUAUAUUAAAAUGCAAUGAAGAUUAUAGAGAGAGAGAUUAGUUAGAGAGGUUAAGCGGGGAUUAUUUCAGCCCCUAGCCAGUCGGACUUCAGCUUCGUGCUUCAUGUGGCACUAAGCACUAAAGCCACCUAACGCCCUUUUUUCUUCGGAGCCAUCAAAAAUGGUGACGUCCUCAGUCUGUCGGGGAGACUCACCCGACCCUGCUGGAUCAAAAUUUCGGCAAGGACUCUCUUAACCCCUGGUGGUGCUCAGGGUAUGAGAGGAUCGUCCAUUGUCUUCUUCUGGAACCACCUGUGCCAUUCGCAGGCACCAUAAUGCUCCUCCAGAAGUGCUUGAUUGAUGUUGCGCCGUCAGUAUCUUGUCUGUGGGUCGAGGGGGAAGCCCAGUCAGCCCAAGCCUGCACCCCACCCCGGAGAAUUGCCAUCUGCGACCCCUUGGCCUUCCGGCCGUUUUAUUUUUUUUUUACACGGCCGAAUUCUGGGAUUUUUUUGCUGUUGCUGAGCCAAAAUGGAUUUCCAUCUUGCAAGAUGGAAAUUUGAAGAUUAUAGAAGAUUGGGAGAUUUGCCGAAUGACUAUAUUAUUCAUCUAGGAGAUAAGUACUCGAAACUUAUUUUAAGGCUGUUAGAGUCAAGAAUUAAUAGGCCUAUUAAAGAAGUGUUUAGAGAAAUUGAUGAAGAAAUAAAAAUUACGACGACGAAAAGAGCAGGGGUCACCACUCAGGCAGUUUCAUAUAGUAGAACUGAAAAAACAGUCAUAAGUGGUAGCAAUUCUGGUGGGAUUUUAGACCUGAUGGUAGAAGAACAGUCUGAUCUUGUCCCGCUGCUGGAAUCGUUUACCAAGUAUUUUGGGACAGAGCAGCAGAUUUCGACUGAAAAAGAUUUAAGGAUCAACGCCCAAACAAUUUUGAGAAAAGACCAAGGAUCGAUUGACCAAUAUUCUGGGUUCAGGAGAAGCCAAUUCAGCCUUUUUAAAGCACUAAAUAACCAGCUUUUUAUGUUUUUCCAAAUGAUUGAACAAAUUGAUAGAGAAAAAGCAUCAGCUGUUCAAGAAGCUUUAGGCAUGGCAGAAAUAAUAGUCAAACAGUCUAUAGAACUCAGGAUGGAAUACGAGAGAUUUAAAGAAAGAGAAUUUAAAUUAAAAAGAGAAGAAAUCACGAAUAUUCGCCAAAUCGUUAUAAGGAUUUUCGAAAGAAUUUCUCUUGAAAAAGAAAUUUAUGAUGCUAUUAUCAAUAGAAAGCCUACAGACAACCAUGAAGCAGAAAUGAUAGAAAUUCUAAAAAGCAUUGAAGAAAAACAAUAUAAAUUCUUAAAAUGCUCCUAUGAGACCUUAGAAACGAUGGCAAAACAUUUCCACCCUAAAAAGCUGUUAGGUGUAUCAGAGCUCAAAGAGAAUCUUGCUUGUCCAAAUGGAAAAAAAAUUUCAGAACUCGUUAAAUCAAUAUCAUUAGGCUUUAAACUUUCUAACUCCCUUAAAAAUUGAGAAAAAUUUUUAUUUUUAUGAUAAUAACCCUUUUUUAUUAGAGCGAAAUUUAAUUUUUCGAGUGACCACAUUUUAAGAUGAAAAUAAUAAAACUAGAAAAUAGCUUUAAUCCAAAAGCAAUUGGAAAACCGAAUCAAUUAAUUUAAAUAAAUUAUAUAACAAUAAUUUUUUCAUUUAAAUUGAAAAUAUAUAUUUGUGCUAAUUAAAGAGGGUGUAAAGAUCUAGAAGAUGAAAAACAGCUUAUUGCGAGCUCAACCCCAUUAAAAGCUAUCAUUGUGGAGCUUAUCAAAUGGAUUAUUGAAGAAACGUGGCUUGAUGAUACAGAAGUUGAAGCAAUUUCUUCAGUUUUGCUGAGGUUUUGUGGGACUGUAAGCGAAAAAGCUGAAGCUGAUAGCUUAAUCAAGGACAGGUCAUUUGACCUAGUUGCAGACGCCCAAGGGAUUUUUGACACUUUUAGCAUGAUCAUGAUAAAUCUACAGAGGGUUAAAGAUAUCAAGCAUAGGCAAUCGAGGUUCCAUCAUAUGCUGAUACAAAAAAUCAAUGGAUUUUUCAUAAAAAUAGAAGAAAGCUAUGAACUUGCAGAAGAAAUGAUAGAAAGAGCCAUCAGGGAAACUGAUUUAAGCAUCCUUAUAGAAGAUUCUAAACAGUCUAAAGACGAAAUCGAGAAUUUUGUAAGGGCGAUUGAAUGCAAUAGAGAAGAACACGAAGUCAAGCUCUCAGGGGCAAUUCAAAGAUUUGUGUUUGUAUUAGAAAGGUGGAAGAGGCUAGAAGAUAUCAGAAGAGAAAUAAGGGACAGGUACUCGUCAAUUAUUAGCAGACUUAGAGUAGAAAUUCAAAGCAAAAGAAGUGAGAUCAUAGAUAUUAAAAGCUCGAUAUCUAAAGAAAAGCAGCGCUAUGAAACUACGAUAGAAAUGCUGAAGAAAAAUUUUGAGGAAAAAGCAUGCUUAAUAGAAAUUCUUCAGCAAAGCUUGCAGGAAAAAGAAAGUCUGCUGAUUGAAUAUAAGAAUAAAUUCUCGACUUUUGAAAUUACUAUUACGAAUAUCAAAGAAAUUUUGGAAAGCAAAGAAAAAGAGCUUAAAAAGGAUUAAAAUUGAGGGGAAUUUAGCUGUUUUUUCUAAUAAGUUUGUUUAGAAUCUUAGGUUUACUUAAAGUUUAAUUUCUUUAUUUCUCAGUUUUUUUAGAGAUAUCCUUGACGAAGCUGAAUUUUCAAUGGGCUCAGCAAGCCCCCUGAAUCGAUUUGAUAUUGAUCGCCAGCUUGGAUUCUUAGACAGCUGCCCUUCUAACUUGGUCGGACAAACUUGAGCCAGGCACUCUUACGUCUCAGUCCCCACCGCCUCAGUUUGGUGGUACAACCCAUUCUAAAUUAAUGCCAAAACUUAUAAUCAAAAUUGACCAAAGGAUUAAAAUUGAGUACAGAGAACAAUCAGAAAAAAUCGCUAUUUUUGAAAGCGAAAACGAGAAGCUAAAAAGCGAAAUAAAACUAAAGAUUAGAAGCAUAGAAAUUAAAGAAGAAACAAUAAGAGAUUACGAAAAACAAUUUGAGACAUUUAAAGAAACUAUUAGGAAGAAAAUUAGCAAAAUAGUGAGACUUAAAUACGAACUAGAUGUGUCUGUCAGCGAAAUAAGGGAAAAAAAGGUAGAAAUUGAGAGACUUUUAAUUACAAUUAAAUUCCACGAAAAAGAAAUUUCAGACUUGAAGAUCCAAAUAACGAUAUAUGAGAAAAUGAUAGAGAGAUUGAAGCUGAAAAUAGAGUUUUUAAGAAGAACUGGCUAUGAAGAAAUGGCUGUUAUUAUAGAAGAAACUUAUAAAGAAGUUACUGAGUUGGAGCUGCAGCUCGAAGAAUGUUGGAGAUACAAAGAAUUUUACUUUGAAGUCUCCCAAAUAAGAGAUUUGCAGAUCCAAGAAAUUAAGGAAAAAAUCAUUUAUACUGCGCUUAAUCGAUUAAUAUAUUAAGUAUUAUAGCAGAAUUUAUCAUAAAAUAUUUAAAGAUAUCAGCUGUUCUUAGCAUAUAUCGGCUAUUUAGAGCAAAAAAUAAAAGUUCUCAGCGCUUAUCAAUCUGAGCUCGUAAUAAAAAUUGAAAGGCUUGAAGAAUAUCAAAAAGAAGUAAUAAUCCUGCGGAGAGACAUGGAAAUCAACCAAAAGACUAUCGGCUUCUUAACUCCCCAUCCUUUUUCAAAUCGCCAAGUUCGAUCAAGAUGAGGCAAAAAAAUUCUUAAAAAUGAAAUAUUGAUAAUUUUUUCCAUAUAAAAUAAUUUAAGCACUAACCACAAGAGAUAAAAUAUUCAAUAUAUAUAAAAUUUCAAUGCUGGUAUAGGAAGAGUAAGGGAGGAAAAAAUCAGAGCUGAAAUUUUCGCUCAAGAAAUAAUUGCUAAAUCUGAGACCAGAAUUUCAGAAAUUUCAAGUGAAAUGGUUAUUAUUAAAGCUCACUAUGAAAAGCUAUUACUCAAAUAUCAGUUCCAUCUGAAAGAAAAAUUGGUUUCAGUGAUCUUUGCAGGGUUUAGUAAAUACUCCUUUUUCUUCAGUCGCUGGAAAUCAUAUCUAUCUAUAAAGAUAAGGGUAGAAGAAAUCAUCGAUAUUGAUACAUUCCAUUCUAAUCUUACCCCAUUCUUAAUAUUACCCAAUACUAUUUCUAUUUUUAAUACAAAUUAUUACAAUAAAAAUAAAUUAAGCAGCCUACUUCAUUUAAGAAUCCAUAAUAAUCCCUGAUUAUAUAGAUGACCGCCUUAAGAGAUACUAUGAUAUUGCUAUCAGGAUCAUGAAAGAAGAAAGUAGACUUGCCAUUGAAAGCAGCUUUUUAGCCCACUCACUUAAAGUUGCAGGAGUUUUAGACGAGCCACCAAUCAGCACUUUAUAUGUCUUUAGGUUCUUAGAAAACUUCAUGGACAGAAAGCACGAGCAUGACUUCAAAGAGCUCAAUUCUAACUAUAGGCCUGUCUCUAUUGCAGAAUGCCUUGUAGACUACAUCAAAAGAACCUCUGGAAUUCCAAAUCUUGCAAUGUCUCGGCUUGCAGCCAUUUUAUCAACACUUAAAAAGCUUCAUAAAGAAGGAAACUUAUACGCAACGUUCUAUUUAAGAUUAUUGCAGUAUUUCCACCCAGACCCAGUCCCAUACCAUCUGUCUAUAUAUAUUGCAAGGGCUAGGCUUGAUUUCCAUCCUUUAGUUGAAAAACUGAGAUCAUCUCGAAUGUCAGUGGAUGCUGCCCAAAAGACGUCUGGAAAGACAGCCUAUGAAAUGGCGGCAGUUGGAGGAUAUGCAUCUAUGAGCGACGUUAUGGACUUAAUUUAUGAUCAGUUUAGAGAUGAUAAGAGCAGCGGGAUGCGCGCCUUAGAACUUCUUAGGCCAGAUAUGUCUAAUGAUGACGAUUUUGUGGCUUAUAAAAUCUUACACAAAAUGGCAAGGCUUGGAAAGUCUCCACAGGCCAUUUUCGAUAUGCUAGAUAGAAACCAUAAUGGAACAAUAGACCCGAAUGAGUUUUUAAGAGGGACUCAACAAGAGCUUGACCUUUGGAUCUCUAAUAAAGAACUUGAUGCUUUGUGGAGAGUCUUAGACCCUGAAGGCACCAAAACAAUAUCCCAAAGUAGCUUUAUGGCUAAAGUCAACAUGAAAAAUCUUAUGGAAUGGGACCGUCACGAUGAAUGGAUUCUGGGCGCGUCUUUUGAUAGAAACUUUUUCCUCCGGCAGGUGUUUUGGUUAAUUUUUUGACUUUUCUCGUCAGAUAUUUAAUCGAAAAAUAACAGUUUUCAAAAAGAAAUUGUCAGGAAAAUGAUCCAAGAAAAUUCAUGUAGCCAAAUGGAUUGUCAGCAAAGCUCGCUACUUAAACACCUUAAUUGAUGUAUUUAAAUCCCGACAAAGAUACGACACUGCACUGCUUCAUUCUGAAUUAGAAUCCUCAGGGAUUUCUUCUUUAGAUAUGAACGAGUUUAAGAACGUCAUCAGAAAAUACGACUCCUCUAUAAGUGAAGAAAGAAUGGCUGAGUUCUGGGUAAAAGUCAGCUCAGGAAAAAGCAAAAUUGAGGUCUCAGACUUUGAUAAAUUGGUCAUAAAUCAUGGCUUAGGAACCCACGGGAUCGGAGUAUUUGAAACCAAAGGACUUAAAGACGCCCAGCCUCCCAGAAAAAGCGAGUUUCAGAUAGAGUGUGAAAAUCUAGCUAAAAAAGCUGAGAGAAAAGGAUAUAAUUAUCAGUUCGGAGAAGAAGAUAUGAAAAAAGAAGACGAAGAAUUCGAAGAGUGGGCUAAACAAAAAGAUAGAAGCAGAAGCAGCUCAAGAAGCCAUAGUCAGUCAAGCUCUAGAAAGCAUAGUCAUAAGAGACAUAGCAGAAAAAGUUCAAGCUCAAGCAGUGAUAGAGGAGAAUAA